GAAAGCACACCAGUAAAAGUUGAAGAUGCAUUAAAAUUAAAUAUAGAAGAAAAAGAAUUAGUAUUUUUUAAAAAAAUUGGACAAGGGGCAUGUGGUGAAGUUUGUCAAUAUGAAUGGAAGGGUACUCCAGUAGCAGUAAAAACUAUAUUCAAAUCACUAUUAAGAAAAGAUAAAAAAGAAGAAUUUGACAAAGAAGUAGAAAUUUUAAAGUGUCUUCGACAUCCAAAUGUUGUUUUGUUUAUGGGAACCUGUCUAUUAAAUGGUAAUCUUUCGAUUAUCACCGAAUAUUUAGAUCGUGGCUCAUUAAGAGAUGUCUUAGAUACAACAUCCCCCAAUGAACUAUCAUUAAAUAUCAAAAUAAAAAUGUUAAUUGAUAUUACUCAAGGUAUGAACUAUCUUCACACUUAUAACCCAUCGAUUAUUCACAGAGAUUUAAAAACUUUAAAUCUCCUGGUUGACACCAAUUAUAAUGUUAAAGUUAGUGAUUUUGGUUUAUCUAGAUUUAUUAGUGGUAUUGGCAGUUCUGCAAAAACAUUUUGUGGAACAUUAUCAUGGAUUGCUCCAGAAGUAUUCGCAGGUAGAGGAUAUACCACAAAAGUGGAUGUCUAUAGUUUUGGUAUAGUUUUAUGGGAAAUUAUUACACAUAAGCAACCAUCAGGUAAUAUGGCACAAACCAUCUCAGGCUAUCCAGAAAUACCAUCAAAUAUAAAUUGUCAUCCUUUCUUUUCAGAAUUGAUCAAAGAAUGUUGCAAUAAAAACCCAGAUUUAAGACCAACAUUCUCUCAGAUUUUACAAAAACUAAAAAUUAUAUCAUCAUCAGUAAAUAACCCCAAC